UGACUCCUUCGCAUUAGGUACUUAUCUCCUUCUUCCGCCCUCCAUCUCCCAAUACACUUAAUGGUCCCCGCAGGGGUACACUAGUUCAGAGGGUGUCAGAGUCGGGAUGCUAAUUCUCUGCAACUUGAACCUUCCAUCCCAUUAUCCCAUCAUUUCACAGCUGAGAUCUGGAAAAUUACCCCUGGAUUCUCCGCAUGCUGGUUCAGGGAGGUUCAUGGCUUGUAUCAAGGAGGUUUAAAUACCGUGAUAUUCUCUAUGUAUUUUCUUUCCUUUCCUCAUUCUUUGUCAAUAGUACCUCGGCUGGUCCGAUAUACAACAACUCAUCUGUUUCUAUGCGGAAUCCGACAUGUACAUGCCUCAGCCUGCUGCUUAUCUUUCUCCUCGAGUGGCCGCUAUUCACAUCCUCAGCUCCAACGCCUCCUUCGGGAGCAGGCUCAAGCUCCAGCACGUCACAUAACGUGGACCUUCGGGUCCAUCGAUUCUUUGACAUUGAUCCAACCUGUAAUGCUCAGCGUGGAGUUGAGAGAGGGCUUUCAGACAUUUUUGAAUUAGCAGAGGUAGCCCAACAUAUAUCAGAAGAUUCCGUUGCAUACCAACACUACUUCCUAAGUCGCAAACAGGAUCCUCAUGAGUUGGAUAUAGUUCGAAAUAUGGCCAAGUCUAUACUAGUUAAUGGGAAUUCAAAUAAGAAGACAACUAUCAAGUGUUCUGCCAUGGACACCGAUCAGGGCGCGAUGGCGCACACUUCCUCAGGGAAAAUAAAUUCCCCUUGGAUACAUCUCUAUCCGCUUUAUUUCGAAUUCCCUACAUUCGAUUCAAAACCAUUUAUCCAGACAGGAUGGUGUACACCUCCUCCCCAUAACCUUAUCAAAUUUCUUUCACAAGGCGAAAUUGGCUAUCAUGAACUCACACAUCUUGAACAUAUUGCAAAAUAUGCUCUAGAGUCAUCCUCAGUGACUGCUUCUGAUCAUAGACCAAAGAUGGAGAUGCGAGGAACUUUUGAUUUUUUUAUUCACAAAUCUCUCACGUUCUAUCAAUCUGCUCGGAUGUUGAAAGAUCAUUGGGUUGACUAUUUAUCCCAACCUAAUAGUGCCACACCCAAGCCUCAAUACUAUCCUGACGAAGUUGCCUCGAGCUUUGAGCUCGCCGCAGUUGAGACUUUCUUCGAACAGAAAUGUCAGGCACAUGGAUGGACAUCAACGCAAGUUAUCCCAGCAACAAUACAAGACCUUCAAUUGGACUUGAACCCAUUAUUUGAUCAUGCACGAAAGCAAGCCAAGACUUUAGGUGUGAUCGGGGCUUACCGUUAAUAAUGACAAGGAGCAUCUCAACCUUGUCCCCGAUGUUGAUAAGUAAGGUCAGCUCGGGCGAGGCUUGUUAGUCAAACACUUCGCUGUCGUGGGCUGUCCAAUCGUAACACUUUUUGGUGCACAUCUCUGGCACUCGUUUA